AUGACCCACAAGUUUGAAUCCACCUACUUCUUCAAGACCGACGAGGAUCAACCCAAAGGACCUCAAGCCAGAUGUCACGAGUGGAGCGAUAAGAACUCCCACAAGUUCUUUGUUGCCAUCGAUGGACCACGGCGCUUUGAGUACUCGAGCUACAAAGACCCGGCCAGGUUCUUAGAGGCGUAUGCUGAUGUCCCAGACGCUGAGCGAUGCUUUUUUGAACAGAUCCGUGAAGGCCAGGCCUGUAACGAGUACUAUGACAUCGACUGGACUCUCGGUCAAGUCGCAGACGAGAGCGACAUCUUGAGACUGGAACAGCAGGUGUUCACUGCGUUCUUGAAUGUGCGCAACCAACAUGCACCAGACUAUCCUCUCGACAUAGCACAUUGUCGUGUAUUGAGUGCAUCCAAUAACAAGAAGAUAUCACUCCACAUCGUCAUUCCAACAUAUGUGUUCGAGAACAAUAACAUGCACAUGAAAGCCUUCGUGCUUGCAUUCCAGGACACUUGGAAGCGUUCGGCACCCAACGAGGACUCUGCGCUGCUCGAAGGCCAUAUCGAUAUGGGGGUCUACAACAGGAACCGAAUCAUGCGGAUCCUUGGGAGCUGUAAGUUAAAAGAACCAAGUCGUCCACUGCUUCGAGCCGUGUGGCAUGAGCCAUCCAUGGUGGCUGAAGACGAAGAAUUUCUCAUCACCAACAUUGGACCUGACUGUAUCCAGGUGACUUGUUCGACCCAAGAAGUCGUGCGAGCACCGUCAACGUCAAGAAGUCCUCGAACGUGUCGUGAUCAAGUCCAGUCGACAAUGCCCCAGCAGCUUGUGGAUACUGUGAAGGCUAAGUUCAUGCAGACGCCACAGGCGACCCAUCCAGCAGGUGUUGAGGUGUGCAAGCGGGAUCUCGCUCUUGCAGUCGAAAUCGAAGUUGUUAUGGCCUUACAGACGCCCCAUGGACUGACGCGUGCGGACAUCUUGGACGAUGCUCGGUUCCUGCCCUGGAACCACCUGGCGCCACUUGAACACUUGCAACUUGGACACGGUAAGCUUGAGGUCCGUGGGCCGCAGCCUCCCAGCCUGUUGAUUCGAUGCGACACGGGUGGCGGCAAGACCGUGUACACAGAAGAACUUGUCAAGGCCAACAAGAAGUCCCGAUUCGUUGCCAUCACCUGUCGGCGGUCGCUGGCGGACAUGCUGGAAGAGCGACUGGGCUUCGAGAACUACCAGGAUAUCUCGGACAUUAUUGCUUGUGACUGGGUGGUCGUUCAAGCAGAGUCGUUGUACAAAAUCAAUCUGAAGUUCUACUGCGAAGAUACGAUCCUGAUCCUGGAUGAAGUCAGCUCGCUGAUCAAGCAGAUGUGCAGCGACAAGACCCAUGGCAACAAGCACAAUCUCAAUCUACAGGUCUUCGAGCGGCUCAUCCAACGAGCGACCCGAGUAAUCUGUCUUGACGCGGAUCUGUCUGACGAGGAGGUCGAGAUAAUGAAGAGUCUUCGCAGUGACUUCAUCGUCUGGAACAACACGUUCCAACAGCAGAAGGAUGACAACGUUGUCUUGUUUGAUUCCAAGAUGAAGCUCAUCCAGGAGGCACUGGACCUGCUUCGACUUCACAAGCGGCUGUGGAUCUCCAGCACCAUGAGUGCCAGAUGUACCGAGGCAUUGCAUGCCAUGUUAACAAAAGCAGGCUACAAGGGCAAAUGCGUGACUAAGAACGUGGACGAGGCUUUCAAACGGGAUGCCAGCAAGGACAUCAAUAACGUCAUGGCCGGUCUGGAUUACUUUAUCCAUACGCCCACCAUCAGCGUCGGAGUUGACUACAACACCAAAGGCCAUGUGGACUGCGUUAUCGGGAUCUUCAGCACAUGCAGCGAAGUUGACGUUGAGAGCUGCAUGCAGAUGAUGCGGCGUGUGCGCCAUGUCAAUGAUAAGACAUACCUGGUGCAUGUAGACGCUGCCAUCAAGGAUCUUCCAGCUACAGCACCAGAAGUCAAGGACUGGAUCUGCAAUCAACUCGACAUCGUUACAGGCAAAGUCCGAUGGAGCUCCACAUUGAAGUUGCAGUUUGACGAUGCCAACAACCUCACCAUCCCUGAUGAUCUGUAUCACCGCAUGUACUGCCAUGUGAUGGCCAAGAAGCAUCUCUCCAUGAACAACUUCCGGUCACGGCUUAUCCGACGAAUGACACAGGCUGGAUGCAUUGUCACCGGCAGGGGUGACAAACUUCCCAGGGGCCAUCCGAUUCCUAAGGAGCUGAAAGAGAAGGAGAAAGAGAUCGCAGCCGCCUGGCAUCAGCAGAUUGCCAGCGCAGGUGCAAUUAGUCCAGACGAGUUCGAGAGGCUUUCUCGUGGAACACGAGAGUUGGAUUCUGAUCAGCGGGCUUCAGUGCACAGGUUUGCACUCAUGCGAGCGUAUGAUGUCCAGGAACAUGGCACGAUCACCGAAGAGUGGGUCAGAACGUACGACAAGCCACACGAGAAGGAGUGUUACAGGAAUCUUAUGGCACUGUCUCCAAGCUGUGGACCGUCUUUGAAAUCAUGCUUGGAGGUUGUGCAGCAGCGGGAGGACCUUGGUCAGGAUUAUAGUCUGCGGGGACCAACAACCGCUGACGCGCACAGCAGGCUCGAGAGAUCCCAGUUCGUGAAGCUGGGAUAUGUGGUUGACAUCCUGUUGGCUUGCGGAUUCGAGGACCCGUUCGCUACUAAUGAGGUACCGGCAGAGGAUAUCAAGAUCCUUGGUGCCAAGAUCGGAACUCCUGAAUUCAACAAGCGCAGGACAAAGUACUGCCUCAAGCACUGCUCGAGCGUCGGCUCUGCCAAUGACAGCCCACUCAGGCGUCGUUCAACACAAUAA